GAUUUUUCUAAUUCCAAAGGGUUCGGUUAAUGCACUGUGAAACUCAAGGGUUUGGCACUUUUGGCAAGGUUAUGAACCACUGCCCUAAAGUCAUUCAGACGUCACAGAGAGCACUUGUUCCCUCUUUCUUCAUUUCAAGUUGAACAGCUCGUGUAUUUUGUACACAAACACACGCAGUGCGGUGUAUGAACUUCCUGCCAAUCGCUCAGGAAGUGAGCGUCACAAUUUCCGUGCACAUUCAGCACUGCCGAGUUAGCGUGGAACCUUCAGAAAGCCACGAUGGAGGCUUCAAGGGAAAGUCCUGGGGGAAUCAUCGUCAACAUGAAGAAAACGCAACUGGGUUUCGAUGCGCCCGCGUGCCAGCCCGAAAGCGCCACGGCCAAGUUCGCGGACACGCUGGCCAGGGAUAUCGUCAGCUGUCUCUGGUAUGGCCGGAACGGUCUGGACCCGGUGGGGGAGCUUGCCAGCCGGCUGGCCCAAAGCAUCAUCGCCGACUCUCUCGAGGAAGCGCAAAUGUACUGUGACCCUGGACAGUCUUAAGAAGCGUCAUGUUUUUUCAAUUUUUUUGCAGUAGCCCUCAAUGUCCACGAGAUGGCAGCACAUGAGAACAUUUAACAAGGUCUUGAAGCUUGUUGAGACCAAGGAAAAGCAAGAAAAAAAGAAAAUGUGUUCAGUCAUCCUUACACAAUUUGCAAUUGUUACCCAAUGACGAAAAUAAAGCAGCGAGUGCUCGACAAGGUUGAAGACUUACCCAUGUGAUUUCAUCCCGAUUCUGGCAAUCAACAUGUUGUCUGUGUCCUGAAAAGAAGCCAACCGUCACGUCCGCCAAUGGCAGGUGCUGCGGUCUGGUCGAGCGCGUCUGCGGUCCGCCGUGCGACCUUGCAGACUCCAAACACGCUUCCCUCACCGCCGAUGACCCAAAACAUGGGUACGGUCUGCAGUAUGUUUCUCACAACAGGUGAGAGUAGUUGGUCCCCCCACAAAAAUGGCCGAUUGAACGGCUGCUCUGAGUAAAAGGACUUCAAAAUGUUGAUUUCUCUGAAGUGCUUUCAACAACAAAUAGAUUAGUUUCAAACUAGAACCAGGCGUUAAUUUGUGCCGCAUCCUGCCGGAACAGGAUCCGGCACCUCUUGAUUUGGGCCUCCCUGUAUUCCGGGACUUAUUUGGGCAGAUCCGGCAUAUAAACAAAUAGAAACUUGGGAAAUUUGCGUCAUCUGGGGAGAAAGCAGCCAGGAUCAAACGGUAUUUCAACAUGCCUAAAAGACAGUUGGAUGUACUGUUUUUUUUCAAAAAGAAGGAAGAUGGUUCAAAACGAGUCAGAAAAGCAACAACCGGCGAUGAGGGCAGUUGCAGCGAUCAUGCUAAUGGGCAGGACCGGGUGCAGCAGGUUCAAGGCCAGCCAGCCAAGCCGGGGCAGGAGGCUGCUACCAAGGCAGCAGCUGGUCAGAUUCAGCGCCACCUGGAGUGGGGGCCAGCUAAAGCGCCAGCAGUCAGCCAGGUGGACCACCAACACCUGGAGAAAAAAGGCAGUACCCUGGCAUCAGCUAGCCUGGUAGAGCAGCCGGAGUAAAAGGCGGGAACCGCAACAUCGGUUCGCUUUCAGAGAGCUUCCUCAAACCCACCUGUUAUUAUAAUAAAUAAUAAUAAUGGGAGAUGUGUGUUAUAAUUAGGGUUGUUCCGAUCAUGUUUUUUUGCUCCCGAUCCGAUCCCGAUCGUUUUAGUUUGAGUAUCUGCCGAUCCCGAUAUUUCCCGAUCCGAUUUAUUUUUUUUGCUCCCGUUUCAAUUCCAAUCAUUCCCGAUAAUUUUUCCCGAUCAUAUACAUUUUGGCAAUGCAUUAAGAAAAAAAUGAAUAAAACUCGGACGAAUAUAUACAUUCAACAUACAGUACAUAAGUACUGUAUUUGUUUAUUAUGACAAUAAAUCCUCAAGAUGGCAUUUACAUUAUUAACAUUCUUUCUGUGAGAGGGAUCCACGGAUAGAAAGACUUGUGACUUUGUAUAUUGUGACUAAAUAUUGCCAUCUAGUGUAUUUGUUGUAAAUGAUACUGUAGCCAUGCCCAAAUGCAUGAUGGGAAGUGGAACCAUGACUGUGCGUAGUGCUACCAAUUGAUAUAUCUGCUCUGCGUUGGGAAAUAACAUAAGGUGUUACGAAAAAGAUCAGUUGCUACCUUGCUUCCCCACAUUGCUUCCCAUGAUAUUCCUAAUCAUAGGGAGAGAGAUUGUAAGGCUUUAGCCAAUUAAAAAGAGGCUCCAAAGGCUGCCAAAAUUCACUCUACUCAUUUUACGUUGCCUUUAAUCUCUCUAUAUAGGUAUAACGGCGCCAUUACAGAUUGAGCGCGACAAUGUGUGAGUGGGUCGUGCAGCGCAUGCAUUAAUUGCGUUAAAUAUUUUAACUAGGGCUGUCAAAAUCAUCGCGUUAACGGGCGUUAAUUUUUUUAAUUAAUCACGUUAAAAUAUUUGACGCAAUUAACGCAGAUGCCCCGCUCAGAGAGAUUUAAAUGACAGUACACAGUGAAACGCUCACUUGUUGUGUUUUAUGGAGUUUUGCCGCCCUCUACUGGUGCUUGGGUGCGACAUUUUAUAGGCUUCAGCAUCCAUGAGCAUUAGUGUAAGUAAUUAUUGACAUCAACAAUGGCGGGCUACUAGUUUAUUUUUUGAUUGAAAAUUUUACAAAUUUUAUUAAAACGAAAACAUUAAGAGGGGUUUUAAUAUAAAAUUUCUAUAACUUGUACUAACAUUUUUCUUUUAAGAACUACAAGUCUUUCUAUCCAUGGAUCGCUUUAAGAGAAUGUUAAUAAUGUUAAUGCCAUCUUGUUGAUUUAUUGUUAUAAUAAACAAAUAGUCCAAAAUGUACCGUAUGUUGAAUGUAUAUAUCCGUCUUGUCUUAUCUUUCCAUUCCAACAAUAAUUUACAGAAAAAUAUGGCAUAUUUUAUAGAUGGUUUGAAUUGCGAUUAAUUACGAUUAAUUAAUUUUUAAGCUGUAAUUAACUCGAUUAAAAAUUUUAAUCGUUUGACAGCCCUAAUUUUAACGUGAUACAUUUUUUAAAAAAUUAAUUACCGCCGUUAUCGGGACAAAUUUGAUAACCCUACCUCAAGCCUAAACUAAAGACUCUGGAUGAGUGUAACAUAUUAUGUUUGUAACGUUAAAUACAAUUAGUAAACGAUUUAAUAAAACAAAAAACUGAAAAAGGCAUGGUCGAUAUUUUUUUGCCGAUUCCGAUACUUUGAAAAUGACGUGAUGCCGAUCGAUCGGGACAUCUCUAGAAAUAACACGAGUGCCUUGAAAUCCACAGGUACAGCACAUCCUCCUUGUUUUGUUUUCUUUGGAAGCUGCAGCGCCCUCGUGUGGCCUCCCUGUCCCGCUGCAUCUUUUUAGUCUUCCAAAAGAAACAAAAAGUGAUGCAAGAAACCUAAAUGCAAGCAACUGGUCUUUCUCGCCGCCUCACAUUUUGUCUCUCGUUGCAGAGACUCUGAACUUUUUUUUCCAGCGUUUGACAGUGAAAGCAAGUUUCCAAGUUGUGGGUCGAUUGCACGCCUUCCUCUGCCUGCUGCUCCUCCCUUGUCCCCCCCUCCCGGGUGACAAAGAGGUUAAGCCAACCCCUCUGCAGCUUCUCGCCGUUUUGGUCUCACAGGCAACUCCAUUCGUCCACUCGUUCGCUGGCUCCGGCAGGCAUGGCCCAGUCCCUGCUGUAGGGUAUAGUCCUCUUGCAUGGAGAUCUAAGCAAAGUUGGUGCCUGUCCCCGGGGUUCCAUGCGCGGGCGGCGCCAUGGCCAGCCCCAGCGAGCAGCAGCAACAGCAGGAUUAUUUCAGAUCUGUGAGCAGCGAGUCCACCACCUAUAUGAUGGUUCCAGCCUCGGGGCGAAGCCCCGCGGGGCGCCCGGAAGCUCCUUCCAAGAUGUGGGUGGCCCUAGUGGUGGUAGUGGUAGUCGUGCUGCAAGUGGCUUCCACCACCGGGCUCUUUGUCUACCUGAACAUGUCCAUCUCGCAGGUGCGCAGUCAGGGGGUGACGGAGGAGCUCAAAUGUCUGAGUUUGCUCAACGCUCUGGACCAGGACAUUCCGGAGCAGCUGGCCCAGCUGCUGGGAGAACCUUGCAUCAAGCUAGCCGAGGGCAUCAAAGCCUACAUCUCUAAGGUGACUGAGAACAUCAUCUCCAAACAAACCUUUAUGGUGGCCAGAACCAUGCCUCGGUCUUUCAACAAUACAGGCUCCAAGUUCCUGAGCUCGGUGGCGCAAAGGCCCUCGGCCCACUUGACCCUGCGGGACACCAGUUCGCAAGCAGGCUACCCUCAGCUGCACCAGUCGUGCCGUCACGUGGUGCGUUCGUGGGCCAACAGGAGCUUGGGUGCGCACCUGCACAACAUGACCUUAAGCAACGGCAGGCUGCGGGUUCCUCAAGAUGGCCGCUACUACCUGUACUCGCAGGUAUACUUCCGUUACCCGUCGCCCGCCACCGGCGAAGCGGACCAGCGCAGCGUCAGCCACCAGCUUGUGCAGUGCGUCUACAAGAAAACGUCAUACCCGAGCCCUAUACAGCUUCUGAAGGGUGUGGGCACCAAAUGCUGGGCACCUGACGCAGAGUACGCCCUCCACUCUGUCUACCAAGGGGGACUCUUUGAGCUGCGGGCCGGCGACGAACUCUUCGUCUCCGUAUCGUCGCCGACGAUGCUCAACGCCGACGAUACCUCCAGCUACUUCGGUGCUUUCAGACUGGACCUCUAAGCCCACGGAACUGUACUCUAACCGGAGGUCGAGGAAGGAAUCGCCAUACCACUCCAAAAGCGGGGGAAAGGCGGGACAAAGUCCCAAAAAUCUUCUUUGAGCCAAAGAAAACCACUAGGGGAGGGGGGGACAAAAGACACCAGGCUGCUGACAGACAUGUUUUGAUCCUCCGGGAAGGAUUUUUUUUGUUUUUUUGCUGCUUGUCUUGCGAGGGAAACCUUAGAUUUGGACUCCAGACCGAAGAAUGUACAGACAAUAAAACGUUGAAGGAAUGCGGAGCAGAAAUCACCCGUGCCAGGACGAUUGUGUACAUACGAAUCAGUGAAGGGCGCUGAUUGGAAAAAUCACCCAUGUGUACUUUUACGCUUUAAAGCCACUUUGCGGUUCUCACGGAGAGCUUUCUAAGGGAGGACAGCGUGGAGGAGGAGGACGGCAGAGCAGACUGAGCCAGAUGACGAAGGGAAAGAAAAAAAAAAACUAGGUCGUGGCUCGCGAGCAGCCCGACCAGUUUCGCCUCGUUUUUCUCUUUCACGUGUAAAUAAUACAAGAACAAAAACAAUCUGGUCUUUCCCGCGUAACCUGCACAGCCGCCGCCAAAUGGAAUAUUUGCACAAGUUGCGCACCAGUUUACAUUUUAUACACAAAUCAAAUCUGUGGACAAUGUGCAGUACUCAAUAAAGCAAAACAUGUUUUCAAAAGAAGCCGCGUGGAGCUUUUACGGAUGAGAACGCCACGAGUUGAUUCUGCGCAAAAAAAAAAACAACCUGCGCUGUCGCAUUUGAAGUGGACGUUUAAAUGUACCAUUAGGUAAACACAUGCAAACACUUUAGCUUCGAGCAAAACCAUCUGCUGCGCAGCCAAACUGUUUGUCCAGCAAAUUAUAGGAAAGCGAAGCGAGGACGAGGACGUUGGCAGUCGCAACGCCUCCGACGCAUGCGCGUGCACUGAUUUGGCCACGCCAUUUGACCAGAAAUUUGAGCAAACGCAGGAGGGCCAAGACCACGGCUUGACAAGUUGUUCAAUAUUUGGGAAACCCAAAAUCGGAUUAUUAACUCAAUUGACCGUCUAAUCCAUUUGAAGUUGGCCUCCCAGUUCAAAUGGAUUAGACAUCUACUAGUGAUACUCAUUUAAAGAAUUUUAAAUUUGACUAGAAAUUGGAGAAAUUACGAUGGGGCUUUGCUGUGAGGAGAUACGGAUCUAAUAUCAGGUCAAUUCCUGUUGAUUUGGGGACAUUUGGGAGACAUGUCCUAUUGAUAUCAGGUCAGUUCUUGUUGAUUUGGGGACAUUUGGGGGACAUGUCCCAUGAAUAUCAGGUCACUUGUUGAUUUUGGGGACUUUUUGGGGACAUGUCCCAUGGAUAUCAGGUCACUUCCUUUUGAUUUGCGGACAUGUCCAAUUGACAUCAGGUCAGUUCCUGUCGAUUUGAGGACAUGUCCUAUGGAUAUCAGGUCACUUGUUGAUUUGGGGACAUGUCCUAUUGACAUCAGGUCACUUCCUGUUGAUUUGAGGACAUUUUGGGGACAUGUCCAAUUGACAUCAGGUUAACCUGUGGAUUUGAGGACAUGUCCUAUGGAUAUCAGGUCACUUGUUGAUUUGAGGACAUGUCCUAUUGAUAUCAGGUCACUUUCUGUUGAUUUGAGGACAUUUUGGGGACAUGUCCAAUUGAUAUCAGGUCAAUUCCUGUUGAUUUGGGGACUUGUCCAAUUGAUAUCAGGUCAUUUCCUGUUGAUUUGGGGACAUUUUGGGGACAUGUCGCAAGGGUAUGAGGUCACGUGUUGAUUUUGGGGACAUGUUUUAUUGAUAUCAGGUCACUUCCUUUUGAUUUGGGGACAUUUGGGGGACAUGUCCUAUUGACAUCAGGUCAGUUCCUGUCGAUUUGAGGACACGUCCUAUGGAUAUCAGGUCACUUGUUGAUUUGGGGACAUGUCCUGUUGAUAUCAGGUCACUUCCUGUUGAUUUGAGGACAUUUUGGGGACAUGUGCAGUUGAUAUCCGGUCAAUUCCUGUUGAUUUGGGGACAUGUACAAUUCAUAUCAGGUCAAUUCCUGUUGAUUUGGGGACAUUUGGGGGACACGUCCUAUUGAUAUCAGGUCAUUUCCUGUUGAUUUGGGGACAUUUUGGGGACAUGUCCCAUGGAUAUCAGGUCACUUGUUGAUUUUGGGGACAUUUUGGGGACAUGUCCCAUGGAUAUCAGGUCACUUGUUGAUUUUGGGGACAUGUUUUAUUGAUAUCGGGUCACUUCCUUUUGAUUUGGGGACAUGUCCUAUUGACAUCAGGUCAGUUCCUGUCGAUUUGAGGACACGUCCUAUGGAUAUCAGGUCACUUGUUGAUUUGGGGACAUGUGCAGUUGAUAUCCAGUCAAUUCCUGUUGAUUUGGGGACAUGUCCAAUAUAUAUCAGGUCAAUUCCUGUUGAUUUGGGAACAUGUCCAACUGAUAUAAGGUCAUUUUCUUUUGAUUUGGGGACACAGGUUUUUGGCCAUUGAUAAUGAAUGGGAAAUUUGGACGUACAUGGCUGUCAAUGGAAUGGACGUCCAUGACUGUCAAUGGCAUCGACUUACCGGUAUUUGGGCGCCAGUUGAAUGUCAAUGGGCUGUCAUGUUAAAUGGUCAAAAAUCAGAAGGACCUAUGUUUUACUUACAUUGAAAAUUAAUGGGAAAUUUGGACAUACAUGGCUGUCAAUGGUAUCCCAUUAGAAAUGAAUGGGUCAGUUUUUAGCAAAUUCUGUACACAACUUUUAUUCCUCUUACAGUCCUGGAAUUUUCGAUGUGUAAAUUAUGUCAUUUGAUCGAAAAUUGGAGGACAAGUAGCGUUUUGAAAUGUUAUUUUUUCCAAAAACCCGAGUUUACAGGCGAACGAAAAAUUUUGGGAGGUCGUUCAAAAAUUCCCCACAUCUCGCAAACGGUUUGUGUUGUGUGGUGCGUCGUAGAAACGCCAUAUAUGGACCUUGUCUUACAAAGCCCCAUCAAAAAUAUGGCGUCGCUCCGACUGCGUGUUUGAAAACAGACGGUCCGACAUCAUCGAUUAGACUGAAAACCGCUGGAGCAGUUUGCUCCAAAUGUGUUUCCCAUUUUUUGCCAGAUCUUCUGCUGGCUUCCUUUGUUCAUGUUUGCAAGAGGAUUUUCGAUUUGGUCCAACACUCACGCGAGGGUUUUUCUUUCAACAACUUCUUGACAAAUGUCGGAUGAUGGGUUCAUUUGAAAACCUCUUCCGCUAUUAACUCCUGGACUGGCAUUAAAUAAAUUGGAUGUGAUGAAAAUAACACAGUCAUAGACUCCACCAUCAGUUGACAAGGGGGGCUGACACAGGCAAAAUGUUGAGUUGCGUUCUAACGCCGGAUUUAGGUGGAAAUAAGACGAAGGUGUUUGACUGCAUACAAGCAGGCAGGAGUGUCUCGAGUGAUUUGGUCGAGGAUUCAAGGUAAAUAUUAUAUUUUUUUGCAACGUGCAUGCACUUUGAAACAUCGUGAAAAAAAAAAAGGAUAUAAUUAGUGUAACUUUGGCUUGAAAUAUUUACGUAAAAUGAACAAUAACUGCCUGUUUUUUGCUUUUAACCAAAAAUCUAGACUGUUUUGCGUUUAUGUCUAUAGAAAUUCAGUGAUUUAAGCAUUUAUCAACAAUUAUUUUCAACAUGUUGGAUUACACAAUACCUUAACUUUGUCUUGAAAUAUUUCUGUUAAAUGAACGAUAACUGCCGUUUUUAUGCUUUUAACCAAGAAUCUAGACUGUUCUACAUUCAUACUCAUAGAAAUUCCGCGAUUUAAGCAUUUAUUUACAAGAAUUUUCAACUUAAAAAGCUCUUUGUGAAUGCUCCCAUGUUGGAUUUUGGUGGUUUUAGUGAACGCAGACACUUUUUUCAUCUGUGUGAUUUUGACAAAGAUCAGAUCACAUUUGAUGGUGAUUUUAUGCAGAAUUGUGAGAAAACGGUUCAGAUAAUUUUUCAUCCCACUGUAUCUCUCCACAAUAGCAGAAUUCAACGUAAAGAAGUUGUGAUGGCAUACAGAAAAAAUGCAAAUUUUGCUAUUUUUGAGUCAAAUUAAGAUUAUUCUGAAUAUUUUCCUCAAGUUUUAAGUUUCUGAUGUUAAAAUUGAGUGAUUUUAAUAGUUGGAAAAAAAAAAAGUUAUUUUGAGUGACAGUGAGAACCAGAUGUGAUAUUUGGCAUGUGGCAAAAUGGAAUUUGCCAUGUGGCAUUUUUUGUUUGCCAUGUGGCAAAAUGGAUUUUGACAUGUGGCUUUUUUUUUGGUAAGUGGCAAAAUGGAUUUUGAUUUGUGGCAUUUUUGGGGGGGUACGUGGCAUUUUUUUGGGGUACAUGGCAGUUUUGCAGGCCAUUCACGUCCAUGCCAUUGACAGUUAUGCACGUCCAAAUUUUCCAUUCAUUUAAAAUGGCAGAAAAACGUGUGUGGCUGUGAUUUUUGACCAUGCACUUUACAUUACAGGGCAUUGACAUUCAACUGGCACCCAACUCAGGCUUUGCCAUUAACGGCUAUGCACGUCCAAAUUUUCCAUUCAUUUUAAAUGGCAGAAAAACGUGUGGCUGUUAUUUUUGGCCAUCCACUUACCAUCAUAGCGCAUUGACAUUCAACUGGCACCCAAGUCAGGUUAUGCCAUUGAAGGCUAUGCACGCAUGCAAAAAAAAAAAGAAAAAUGCCACAUGGAAAAAUCAAUUUUGCCACAUGGCAAAAUCAAUUUUGCAAUAUAGCAAAAAAAAGCUUUUUAAGCAAAAAAAAAAAAUGCAACAUGGCAAAAUCAAUUUUGCCACAUGGCAAAAAAAAUGGCACAUAGCAACAAAAAAAAAAAAAAAAAACCAAUACCAAAAGUGAUAUUUGCUAUGUGGCAAAAUUUAUUUUGCCAUGUGACAUUGCCAUGUGGCAUUUUUUCUUUGCCAAAUUGCAAAACGGAUUUUGACAUGUGGCAUUUUUUUUGGUAUGUGGCAAAAUAGAUUUUGGUUUGUGGCAUUUUUGGGGGUGUAUGUGACAUUUUUUGGGGGUAUAUGGCAGUUUCACAGGCCAUGCACGUCCAUGCUGAUGACAGCUAUGGACAACUGACACCCAAGUCAGGUUAUGCCAUCAACAGCUAUGCACGCAUGCAAAAAAAAAAAAAAAAAAUACCAAUACCAAAAGUGGUAUUUGCCAUGUGGCAAAAUUGUUUUUGCCAUGUGGCAAAAUAGAUUUUGGUUUGUGGCAUGUUUUGGGGGGUAUGUGACAUUUUUGGGGGCUAUAUGGCAGUUUUACAGGCCAUGCACGUCCAUGCCAAUGACAGCUAUGGACAACUGACACCCAAGUCAGGUUAUGCCAUCGACAGCUAUGCAUGCAUGCAUGCAAAAAAAAAAAAAAAAUGCCACAUGGCAAAACCAAUUUUUCCACAUGACAAAAAAAAUG